AUGAAUCGAGCCAUCCAACGACUUCGACGACAACCAACGCCCGAUUCAUCAGUAUUAACAACGAUAGAACUCAACGAAGCGAGGACAUUCUGGGUUAAGGUAACACAACACCAAUACUUUGAAUCUGUGUUUCAGAACUUGAACAGAGAUAUUCAACUACCUCGCCAACAUCCACUGGCCAAGCUCACCCCGAGAAUUGAUGAUCAAGGAAUUCUCAGGCUUGGUGGACGACUAAAGAACUCAUUGCUUGAUCCAGACGAGACUCAUCCAAUUAUCUUACCACGACAAUCUCGCCUGACAACGCUCAUCAUCAACGAAGCUCACCAGAAAACACUCCACGGAGGAGUUCAACUCACCAUGGCUCACAUCAGACAACGAUACUGGAUCGUUGGUGGCAGAAAGUCAGUGCACGCAGCAAUUCUGCGCUGUGCUGUCUGCACCAGAUUCAGGGCAACAAGAGCCCAACAGUUAAUGGGUCAACUUCCAACAGCCAGAGCAACGCCUUCAAGACCAUUCCUGCAUACUGGAGUGGACUAUCCAGGGCCACUUCCAAUCCUGAAGUGGAGACCAACGAACGCGCAACCAUCAACGGUUCAUAUAGCGGUUUUUGUGUGUUUCACAACCUCAGCUGUUCACCUUGAACUGGUCAACAGACAAACAACGGAUGCAUUCAUCGCAGCAUAUAAACGAUUCACUGGAAGGCGAGGCAUUCCAGCUAUCAUGUAUAGUGACAAUGCAACGACAUUCGAAGGAGCAGCCAACGAACUCAACAGACUAUACAACCAAGAAUCUCCAGAUAACCAACAAAUAAGAGCUGCUCUUGCUUCCAACGGAACCCAUUGGAAAUUCAUCCCACCAAAUGCUCCUCACUUCGGAGGCAAGUGGGAGGCCGCUGUAAAGUCAACGAAGUAUCAUCUACGACGAGUAUUAGGAACAACAACGUUAACAUACGAAGAGCUCAACACGAUCCUGAUACAAAUCGAGGCCUGUCUCAACUCAAGGCCUAUUGUUCCGAUGAGAGAUGACCCAGAUGACCUUCAGGCUCUUACACCAGGGCAUUUCCUCAUCGGAGAACCUCUUCAACUACUCCCGGAGCCAUCUCAACUCAACACAAAUAUCAACAAAAUCACACGAUGGAAUCUGGUGACCCAGAAAAUACAACAAUUCUGGUCGAGAUGGUCCAGGGAGUGUCUUCAACGUUACCACUCCAUCUACAAGUGGAAUCAACAGCAACGCAACAUCAAGGUGGGCGAUAUUGUCCUGAUGAUCAAUGAUGAUCUCCCUCCAGCACGUUGGCCACUGGCGCGAGUCAUUGCGGUAAGGCCAGGGCCUGAUGGACUAGUGAGAGUCGCAGAACUGCUCACAGCAACACCAGAGGUCCCAACGAAUCCAGAUGGAUCACCAUCAACACAGAACAUUCGGGUUCAACGACAUCAAUACACCAGACCGAUAGCAAAACUUUGCUUGCUACCAAUGGACCCAACACCAGCAGACCAACAAGAGGACAACUAG